AUGAAGGAGGCCUACUUCUUUAAUUGCGGAGAAAAUUUGAGUGCAAAAGGGAUGACAUACCUUACGAAUUCACUAUUUGAUUACAGAAGUCCAGAAAAUAAUAGUAUUCGUGCAGAAUUUAUAUUGGAUGCAGCUCAUCAUAAGGAGACAUACACAGAGAUAGCUGGAAUGCAGAGGUUUGGGGCUUUCUACAUGGAUUACUUGUACACAAUGGAAAGCACCAGUGGCAAAGUUUCUGGGAAUCAGCAAGACCUUUCUUCAGUAAAGAGUGAAGAUUUUGGAAAUGUUCAAGAAAUGUCUACAAAAAGCCUCAUUGUCGGCCCACUCAAUCUUCGAUUGGAUAGCAGUGCAGUACACCGGAUAAUGAAAAUGAUAGUUUGUGCUCUGGAACAUGAAUAUGAGCCAUACAGCAGAACUAAGCCAGAUAUUAUGGAUGGAAAUAGGACUAUGCCAAGCUCAGAAGAAGUAGCACUAUUGGAGGAGUACAUUCCCACUCGACUUACGACGUUCACUGUUCUUAAGUGUACAAUUAUAAUCCCUGUGGCAGAAUUCAAUUUACUAGACCACCUGAUGCCCAUAAUCAUGGGCGAGAAGAACUUAAGUGGACUGUUAAAUGCUGCAAGCUUCCAACCCCUGCGGCCUUUGCCUUCCAUCCGAAUUUUGGUGGAUAAGGUUAACCUGGAGCACUCGGUGCCAAUGUAUGCCGAGCAACUGGUGCACAUAGUCAGCAGCCUCAGCCAGCCGUCCGACAACCUGCUUCAUUACUGUUACUCACACUGCUAUCUGAAGAUAUUUGGUUUUCAAGCAGCACUGACUUCUUUGGACAGUAAAGGAUUGUACUGUUUCCCUGUUCCAGUUAUCCCUUCAUUCAGUACCGCUGUUUAUGGCAAGCUGAUCAAGUUUCCAAAAUAUUGGACCAAGCGAGCUCAUGUCCCACUAACAGAAUGCAUAUUUGAGCUUCCUAAUUUGACAGUUCAAGCCACUAGAGCUCAAACUCUUCUGCUUCAAACUAUUUAUCAGAGCUGGUGUCAUGCUGUUGGAAACGUCAGUUCGGUGGUGGUAAAUGAAGCUUUACUGAAUGAGGUUUUCCAAACUUCAG